CAGCUGUGAAGCAGACAGCUGAUCGACGUCGUGUGUGUUGAAUUGAAAGGCGACAAUUGUUUAACAAUAAUUUAUAACCUCUAAAGUCAACUAUAAUAAUUGUAUUAUAUGUACAUUUGUUUUGUUUGUUUAGUAUUUAGUAAACAUGACGCAUAUCUCUGGACUUAUUCUGGUGAAAAAUUGUUUGAUGGAUUCGCUUGGAGACAAAUUUCCAACAUAUCUGCAAGCUCUGAAGCAGUGGUUCAGUUUGCAGACGUCUAAGGAAGAUUUUGAUAAUGAGGUGAGAAAAAUAUUGAACGCAGAACAAAUGAAGAUCCACAACCAACUUUUCAUCCAGUUGCUCAAAGCCUGUAACGAAUAUUCUAACGCACCUUCUUCACCCCAUGUACCGAGCUCUGAAUCUGAACAUCCAUCAAAGAGAAGCAAACUGUCAUCCGGCAAAAAGAAAAGUCGAUCUCAUCACAUAGUACAAGGCCAGGACAGUGUGAAGCAGUGCAACACGUCGCUGUUCAGAGGCGACGAGCCAACUCCGAACCGGUUCUGCAGUGAUGAGCUGCUGCUUCCCGAUGAUGCGUUCCUGUAUGUGCGCAUGCUGCACUGCGCAUGGCAGUAUGAGCUCGAUGCAGUCGAGUCGUCAGCUGUUCAGCUCCUUACUGAGGCUGUACAGUAUUUCCUGAAGAACGUGGUGACGUGUGUACUGAGACAACGGAGCGGCUACAAGGUGGCACCCGGCAGCUUCAUUCACUCACUGGGCUCCCCCAUCGCGAACCCGUGGCUGAGGAGUGUGUGUCGCGUCAGUGAGGAGCCGCCAAAAGUCAGCCGACACGUGGCUGAUGAAGACACCAAACCCGACCUCACUCGUCCCUCAAUCUCGCACCUCGAACAACAGGUCGCUCUAUCUAUAUCCAGUGCCAAGAACGCACUACAUUGUACGGCUCUCAAGAUGCGGGAGGUCAUGGAUGGACUAAGGGUGAAUAGGAGUGUAAUUCAAUCACAUAUGAUGUAUAGCAAUUGCAUAGAACGUCUCCUCCUCACAUCCAUACAUCCAACCCGGCAAGAGUUAGCUGAAUAGUGUGAGUCGACAACUUCCGAUCGUUUCUAUUUUAAGCAAACUAUUUUCACUUGCAUAAUUUAUCAAUAAACUUUUUUAUAUUUUUU